GUGUGCAAAGCUUUGUGAUGGUUGGUGUUGCUCCGGGACACGCCUUCUCCGGAGGAGAACAAAAACAAAGCUGAGGGGCCCGAGCGGGACCCAACGGGCCACUGCGGAGAGUUCCCUCCAGUCUGCCCGCCCUCCGAGCCCGCCGCAGCUGUCAGGAUGCCGAACUGGGGAGGAGGCAAGAAAUGUGGCGUGUGCCAAAAGACGGUUUACUUUGCUGAAGAGGUUCAGUGUGAAGGCAACAGCUUCCACAAGUCCUGCUUCCUGUGCAUGGUUUGUAAGAAGAACCUGGAUAGUACCACUGUGGCAGUUCAUGGUGAAGAGAUUUACUGCAAGUCCUGCUAUGGCAAGAAGUAUGGUCCGAAGGGCUAUGGCUAUGGGCAGGGAGCUGGAACACUGAGCACUGACAAGGGGGAGUCGCUGGGCAUCAAGCAUGAGGAGACCCCUGGUCACAGGCCCACCACUAACCCUAAUGCAUCCAAGUUUGCCCAAAAGAUAGGAGGGUCGGAAAGCUGCCCCCGGUGUGGACAGGCAGUCUAUGCUGCGGAAAAGGUGAUUGGAGCUGGGAAGUCCUGGCACAAGAGCUGCUUCCGGUGUGCCAAGUGUGGCAAAGGCCUGGAAUCCACUACCUUGGCAGACAAGGAUGGAGAAAUUUACUGCAAAGGAUGCUAUGCCAAAAACUUUGGGCCCAAAGGAUUCGGCUUUGGCCAAGGAGCUGGGGCCUUGGUCCAUUCCGAGUAAAGCAGUCGAUGGUGUUCCCAAUUCCCUGCUCUCACCUCUGGUGCCUCACAAAUGCCAGCCCCAGCCCUUGUCUAUGUAGACCAGGCUAGAUAGGGGAGCUACCUGCUUUCUUUCUAUCUCUUUCUCUUCCACCUCUCUCUCUCUCUUCUGCCACUUAUUACCAGCCUCUAUAACCACAGGUUUUGGCUAUGUGUUGGGUGGGUUUUUGCCUAGGAUACUGGCCUCCUGGAACCCACCUUUUCACCCAUCCUACCCAGCUGACACAAUGUCCAGUGUGAACAUUUUAAAGGUUACUAUUAUUAAUGUUUAUACAGGGAAUGAGCUUGUACCCUCUCCCCUUGCUCUCCGGAAUUUUUGUCUUUCAGCCCCUCACUCUACCCUGCUGACUGAGUACAUUGGCCAAAGGACCAGAAGCAAUCUCAUGAAGCCCAGCCAGGAGAGAGUGUGGGAAGGGAAGACAAAGGGAGGAGGGGGACAACGAAGAGAUAUGGACAGCCUUCCUCCAGUUUGGCAUGUGUUUGUAGGGGGAGGGAGAAGGUGAGAAGGGUAAGGAGAAGGGGAUAACUCUUCAGAAGGCCACUCAGGCUUGUUCCACUCCCAGAUGCCUUCAGACAAGGGCAGGGGGGAAGUUUCCACAGGACAGAACCUUGCAGUGAGGUUUCCCACAAAGUGUUGGAAUGGGUAGUGCCCCUGCUCACCCAAGCCCACUCUUUGAGUGCUUGCCCACUAAAACACUGUUGGACUGUGUGUUUGGCCUUGGAGACCAACAUGGCGCUGAAUGCUCAAUGCUGUUCUUGCCCACAGUCUGUACCGAUCCCAGGUCACUCCUGUUAGGAGGUACAGAGAACAGCCCCUGCCAGCCAUAGACCUAGGGCAUUAGGGUCAGGUCUGUAUUACCCCAGGCUGGAGCUCCCUCAAAGUCAGGGUCAGUUCUGGAAUCCCCCAGGGGUCUGUGUCACUGCUUUGAUGGCAUAGGGAGUUCUGGACUAAAGUAGACUCCUGAACAUUGGUAAGUGACCCAAACCUCAGGGAAAUCAAAGCCAACUCUUAUCUUGGGGACUCUUGAGGCUGUAGAUUUUGUUGGCUAGUCCAGAGACCCUAACCCUUUCCUGACUCUGCCCAAGGAGCAUUCAAUCUAGUCUCCAUUCUGUAGAACUUCUCAACAUUUUUAAGGGGGAAGAUUUUCAAGUAGCUUAGAGAUUCCAAACUACUCAUUAGGUAUCUUCCUCCCCACCCCAUCCCAUCUCCAAAUCAUCCUCCACUGAUGUCUUUCUGGGCUUUCCCUGUUGGGCUCAUAUUCUCCCCCUACCACCACUACCCUUCCCCUUCCCUCCAUCCCUCCUGUCUCUGGGUCUCUUCCUUGUUCAAACUAUCCCUAUCACUGUUAGACCCAGAGGGAAGGAACAGAAGGGGCAGUUCCAGGGAAGGUGUGAGCCUGGGCCUUGGCCAAAGGAAUGGGAGGUCUUGGAAGAAUCCCUAUGACUAUGAGGGAACCAUCAGGCUAGGACAAAUUUAUUCCAAGGGAUCCAUCUACAAUAUCUGCUAUUGGGAAGGGCGAAUAUUUAAGCUAAUUUCUUGUGUAGUCAAUAAAGCUGUUUAAAAAAAAAAAAA